AGUUUAUUAUUUUCCGUCGUUCGAUUUUGUAUUGAAAAAUUGUACGAAACGCGUGUGUGGUUUUCUAAAUAGAAAUAGAAAAUAAUAAUAAAACAAAAUUAGCACUGAAGUGAAAUCAUUUAAAUACUUGUGUCAAUGUCUAUGUGUUUUUUACAUAUAAAAGGAAAAAAUUACCAAAUUUAAAAUAAAUUUAUAACAAAAAGUACGCAAAACAAAGAAAGUAUUUUUAAAAGGAAAUUCACAUCACAGCAAAAAAACCAAAGCACAAAGUGAAAAGACUAAAAUAAAAAUAAUAUUGCAUUUACUGAGUAGUAAAAUCGCAUAACUGGAGAAUUCCCUUGCCCCCAGCACACACACACAUAAACAUUAUACGCAACAAUUGUAUAUAGAAGAAAACAAUAUAUUCCAUACGCAACGUUGCACAAGCUUCUCACAUAUUUCAAUAUAAACUACAAUAGCUGCAACAUAAAAUUCGAGUACGCACAGGAACAAGAAUAGAAAUAUAAGGAGAAAUAAAUUAAUAAAAAGCCUUAAAGCACAAUGAGUAAAGCAACGGGACCUUCACCACCACAAUAUACGUAUGUGCCACCACCCUCGGCACCACCAUCAUACCAGGAAGCUGUAGGUGGCGUUAAACCAGUGGGUCCUUUCACACCCGUCGCUGCACCCACACAUGCUGCUGCUACCACAAAUGCCCAUAUUGUAACCACAGUUGUGCCAAUUGGUCGCACGGCUACACACAUGAUCUGUCCAUCAUGUCAUGCUGAAAUCGAAACAACAACACGUACUGAACCUGGAAUGAUUGCAUACUUAUCGGGCUUUGUUAUUGCAUUAUUGGGUUGUUGGUUGGGUUGCUGUCUGAUUCCCUGUUGUAUUGACGACUGCAUGGAUGUUCAUCACACAUGCCCUAAUUGCAAGGCAUACUUGGGACGUUACCGACGAUAAAUAAUUUACAUCUACUGGGUCAUCGAAUAU